UGAACAUUUUACAGUAGUUUGAAAACCGAUUGCUCCUCCAUGAUACACGUGUACAGUGGAGCUGAAUGCAGUUUUUUAGUUUUUAAUCAGCUACAGCCCAUGAUUAGCCUUAUAGGCAAAUUUGUAAGAAUUCAAACAGAUUGUAGAAAUUUUGAAAACAGGGUUGUGCUCAUGCUAGAAACGGGUCGUCCCUCCUCCCCUUCCUUCUUCCUUCCUCGACAUAUAUUCAUUUGACUAGUCCUCAAAAAGAUGAGAGUCACAAAUCUUAAAGCAGGAAUAAUGAAACAAACUUUUUGUUUAUUUCUUCUAACGUUGACUGGCUUCUCACUAACUUGUAUUGUUUAUCUGCACUUCACCUCCAGCUGGGGCAAGCUUGCACACAAUCAGCCCAGUGUAGUCGGCUCAGAUGGCAAAGUUAUUACUGUGACACCAUGGUUAGCCCCAAUUGUAUGGGAAGGAACUUUUGAUCCCACACUGAUUGAUUCGAUCUACAAACAACAAAAUAUCACCAUAGCAACUACUGUCUUCGCUCUUGGAAAAUACACACAGUUUCUUAAAGAUUUCCUGGAGUCUGCAGAGCAGAAUUACUUCGUUGGAUUUUGUGUGCAUUAUUAUCUGUUCACUGAUCAACCACAACAGGUUCCUAAACUAAAACUGGGUGAAGGACAUCAGCUGACAGUGGUGGAAGUGCCUAGUUCUAACAGAUGGCAGGAGAUCACUUUGCGAAGGAUGGAAAGGCUGGAGAAACUGAUUGAGAGUCGAUUGAUCAAUGAAGCUGACUAUGUUUUCAGCCUUGAUGUGGACACAAAGUUCUAUGGGCGAUGGGGGACUGAGUCUUUGGGUCGUCUUAUCGGUGUGAUACAUCCUGGGUACUAUCAAACACCACGUGAACAGUUCCCAUAUGAGCGCAGGCCAGAGUCUCAAGCAUUCAUUCCUCGUGCUGAGGGUGAUUAUUAUUACGGAGGAGCUGUGAUCGGUGGUUUAGUGAAAGACGUAUAUGAGGUUGCUAAAACCUGCCGGAAGCAGCUGGACAUUGAUGCAGCUAAAUCCAUUGAGGCAGCGUGGCAGGAGGAGUCCCAUUUGAACAAGUACUUCCUGUAUAACAAACCCAGCAAGGUGCUCUCACCAGAAUAUCUGUGGCAGGACUUAAAAGCUCGCACAAACGAAGUCAAAAUCAUUCGCUUCUCUCAAGUUAUUAAAAACUAUGCUGCAGUUCGUCCAAACCCAUAGCAGCUGUUGUCUGAACAUUCAUGCACUUUGUUUGGAAUUAGUACCUGCCAGGCAUGUAAAUGUUAUUGAUAUUCUUGUCGACUAACAAAACCUGUGGCCAAUUUUUUUUUUUUUUUUUAAUGAGAGAUAAAAACAUCAUAUAACAGAAUGGGGUAGAUUAUCAGAACAAAUUUUAGUAACACUUUACGGUAAGGGUACAUGAAUUACCAUGAAUUCAUGCAUAAAUUCAGGAAGUAACCCAUGAAGCAGCAGAGGGAGCGGGAACAGUCAGUCCAUGGGUGAAGGCUCCCUCUGCUGGCGUGGCAUUACAACAUGACACAUGUCAUAAAUAUGAAGGAGGUUUUAUGCAUGUUAAUGUCAACUGUCAUUAAGUGUCAUUUGCUCAGUUAUGUCAUUUUUAAUGCAAAGAUGACAUUGUUUGAGAGGCCUUUGUUAUGACAACUUGACAUAAACCAAUACAUCAUAAACUGUCAGUGUCUUUGUCAUGACAACUUGACAUUACCAAGACAUUACAUUACCAAGACAACAGAACCUGUCAUAAAUCUCUCAUAAACAUGACAUAGCAGAUUAAUUAUCAAACUUAAGAAACUACUUAGCUAUAUGGGUUAAUAUUACAUUAAACUGUCAUGUGGUUGGUUUUGACAUUGGCUGUUAUGAGGCCAUUAUAAUUGUGUCAUGAAUAUUGUCCUGACCACUUUUUUCAGUGGUACAAAUUGAACUUGUCAUUAAAAUGUCAUUAAGUGUUAAUACUCUGUCAAAUUAUUUUAUAACAGUGUCAUGAAUAUUUUUCUUGACCUCAACUACAGUGAUUCAAAUUGAACUUGUCAUUAAAAUGUCAUUAAGUGUUAA